AUGUCCGACUUGGAAACAACAUGGCCGGAUGUCGUUUCCCCUGUUCGCAUCAGCAAGAUUGCCGAUCGGUUUCUUGUGUUUGAUCCUGACGCGGCCGCGGUACUACGGCGUGUGAAUAAUGUCAAUGGAACCCUUUUUGGCACCACGCCACAGCAACCCACGCAAAAUACCUUCCUCGGCUUACCAUUAGAAUUACGACCGGAGGAAGCCAACUCACUGGUUCGUCGCAGGGCGGCAUAUAUCGUCGACGAUGUCGCUGCUCAUGGAUCAGUUUUGUUGUCCUCCAGCCAUGAUGUCCGCAAAACCUUUGCAGAAAGCUUACGACGAUAUAAGCGAGUUGCAGAGCAGGCACUCGCCGAGAACAGCGCCAAGAAGGCUGCCGAUAUGGCUGUUCAGCUGCGACUGAGCAGACCCAGCCAUGGCGUCAGCGUCAAUGCCGUGUGUAAUGAGCAGCGCCAACCUCACUCCCUGGAAGAGAGUUGUCCACAUAGCCAAGUUGGCAAUGAGGCAAAAUUUUGGGGCAUAACGCCGGCAUGCAGCGGUGAAUUAGUUCCCCAAAACGUGGACUCUAGAUUCUGCGUGGCGCAUGCCGUUAACGGGCCUCUCUGUCAUUUCCUGCAAGAUGCGGGCUAUUACAUGACCCCCGGCCUGCGCUUUGGUGCCCACUACAGCGUGUAUCCAGGGGACCCUUUACGUUUCCACGCGCACUUCAUGGCAAAUCAGUAUGGCUGGGACGAAGAAAUCCCCAUCUUAGACGUAGUGUGUGGUGGGAGACUGGCAGCAGCAGUUAAGAAAGCCUUUCUGCUCGGAGGUGAACCAGUGCCUUCAGAAGGCUCGCACCCUGCUGUGCGGACAUUCAGCGUGGAAUGGGCUGCCAUGUGA